UCACUUCACUCGCUCAGAUGGAGUGAAAAAAGAGGCACUAUUUGCUGGAGCGCAAGCAGCGCGGCAACACGCAGACACGCUCACAAGAGUGAGUCAACCCGCCGGGAGUAAAAGAGCGGAAUCGUUUACCUGUGUGUUCUAUUACGGAAUUCAACUGAACACGCUUCAGCCCGGAGGCCACUUUUUUUUCAAGCGAGAUUAGGACUGCCCCCCCCUUUUUUUCCCCGUCUCCCUUGCCAGCGAAGUGAACCUGCUGUGCGCCCCCCCCCCCCUUUCGUAGCGACCAUGGCCGGACAAGACUGCGUUCAAGUGCUGCUUUUGCUCCUCGCCUCGACACUUUUACCACACGGGGUGUCGGGCCAGCGUGUGAAAGUGGAGCCCGAGGUCUUGUCGUAUCCCGGCCAGACGGUCAACCUGCGCUGUGCCUUCACGGACACCACCGGGAUUCAGCUCACCAUGGUCACCUGGAUCUACGAGCCCAAAGAGGGGGAGCGCAUGAACAUCGCCGUCUUACACCCGGUCUUCGAACCCAACUACCCCGAUUCGCCGCUCAAGGGCAGGGUCAACUUCAUGCAGAGCCCCCCGAACAUGGACGGCCCCUCCAUCCAGAUCAGCGACGUCCGCAUGACGGACGAGGGCAAAUACAUCUGCGAGUUCGCUUCCUACCCCAGCGGACACGAGCAGGGAGCCACCCAACUGGUCAUGCUCACCAAGCCCCAGAAUUCUGCCUCCCCCUUAACGGUGGAAGCGGGCCCCAAGCCCAUGGUGGUGGCACGCUGCGAGUCCCUCAACGGCCGCCCGGCCGCGCAGAUCCGCUGGGUGACGACGGCCAACGGCAACGCCACUACGUCGUCCAAGGCGAACCAGGACAACACGGUGUCGGUCACCAGCGAAUACCGCCUAGCUCCCGCGGCGGCAGACAACGGCAAAGAUAUCAGCUGCCUGGUGUCGCACCGGACGCAGACCUCGCCGGAGAGCUUCCAGAUGAAACUCAAAGUUUUAUACGCCCCUCAGGUGUCAAUCGUGGGUUAUGACAAUAAUUGGUACGUGGGCCGUACAAAUGUGCUGCUGACCUGCCAGGCCAGCGGCAAUCCGGUCCCGACGACGGUGCUGUGGAAGUCUAUGACGGGACAGAUGCCCGACACGGUGCAAAUCAAAGACAACCAGCUGAAGGUGCUCAAGGUGGACGAGGCGGUCAACACCACUUUUGUCUGCGAGGUCAAGAACCGUGUCGGGACCGGCAGGGACCAGGUCACGGCCUUGGUCAGAGAGCCUUCAGUGAACCCGUCCAACGCCGGCGUGGUGGCGGGGGCCGUCAUCGGCUCCCUGCUGGCUCUGCUCUUGGUGGCCGCCCUGGUGGCCGUGCUGGUCACCCGCAGCCGGCGCCAGCAGCAGGGCUACCGGGCCAACGGCGGCGGCGGCGGCGACUUGAAGGCGCGCAUAUUCGGCGGCGGCAAAAAGGCCAGCAAGAACGGCACGGGCGGCGGCGGCGGCGUGGGCAACAACAACGGCCCCAUCUACAACGCCUCGUCCCACCAGGGGGAGAAAAACAACCACGGGCCCCUCAGCGUCGGCGGGCGGGCCGAGGCGCCGGCCGGCACGCCCACCGCUCAGGACAUCCUGCUCAGCGGCGAGCUGGACGACGCCGAGAGGAGGAAGUUUGACGAGCUGGAGGAAGAGGAGCGCUACGACCACUUUGCCGGCGGCGCCGCCCCCAUCCUGCAGCUGCGCCCGCCCGACCAGCAGGACGAGAUGAUCGGAGACUACCUGGACGACGACAUGGAGUCCCAGCGGGAUGGCUCCGUCAUCUCUCGGACUGCCGUUUACGUUUAAAGCGGAAGCCAGAAGGGGGAGGAGCAAGCGUCCGGGAGGCGGAGCCGCGGGGAUUUUGGUGCCUGCGCAACGAAGCCGCUCUAUUAUUUUCAAAACAUCGAUGCUAUUAUUAAUCACAGUUGUUAGCCCCAAUACUGACCGGAGGAGGAGGAGGAGACGGAUGUCGGAAUCACGUCCUCGCCGAAUGGCGUCACAACUACAGACGAUUCGCUUCAGUUUGCCCGCCGUUCUCAAGUCUCCUCGCGGCGGAACCCGUCACGCUGUGACAAGCCGGGCGGGGUGCCGCUUUAGUUGCUCGUGAUGGGCUCUGAAGGCACUAAACCAUCGAGCGGUUUGCGAGAGGAUUUGUUUGCUGGCGUCUCUUGUCUUUGUUUUUGUCCCCCCCCCCCCCCCCCCCCGACACCCCUCCACCGUCACUCCUCCCGCGUCCUUUCCCUGUCAUCCCCUGUCAAACCUCCAAAUCACUUCUCUGCAGUCUGCAGCCAUUGGCUCGAUUGGUUUAAACGGGGAGGGGGGGCGGGGGGCUGUGUGCCAAGACGAAAGUUUUACAGCUCAAAGAGAUUGACUAUUUUUCAGAGGGGAGAAUUGGGCCGGUUACUGGAUUCAAGGUGUAUUGCCACUUCAAAAAGUCUCAAACUUUCCUUCCCCGAUCGUAUUUUUUUUUCCUACGGUCUUCUUUUUUUAUUUUUUAUUUUUUAAUCAGGCUAGGCCGGGGGUCGGCAACCCGCGGCUCUAGAGCUCUCUCGAGCUUUUUUAAAAAUGUGAAAUAUAUAUUUUUUUGUUUGAAUAUGCUUUCUGUAGGAGGACAAACAUUCUUAACGUUUUCCAAUGCUGUAAAAAAAAAUACAUCGAAUAAACAUCCCGUUUCAACAUUUCCGUCAAGAAAGAUUUGCGUCAUAGCCUGCGACACACGUUUCUAUGAGCGGGGCAGAAUGCCUGGCAGAUGGCUGUUGUUGAAAAAAAAAAAAAAAAACA